CAGUGUUGGAGCAAAGCACAACAAUUAGCUUAUUACAUACAUCUUUCGUUAUAAUAGAGUGUAAUUGUCAAAAUGUUCACACUGAAAAAAUCCAUUGUGUGUUUUCUGAUGAUUUCCUUUGCGGUUGGCGGCACACACAAGAAGGUCAAACCGAAAAAGUUUGUGCCACCUACUUCCAAGGGUAUCCAAUGUUAUAAUUGCUUAUCAUUUGACCACCCUGGUUGUUGGGACCCUGACCAUCCAGACUAUGCUAACAUUACGGUCCCUAACAUUGAUUGCUACAUUCCUGGAAUGGCGUUUCUCUGCAUCGUAAUCACUUCAGAGUCUGCUAAACUUGUGGAGACUGGUCAAGAAAUCGGUCCAGUACGCGCGAGAACUUGCGUGCCCGCUAAGGACUUUUCAAAGAAAACUGUUUCAUAUUCCAUGUGCAGCAAACUAAGCAAAGAACUGUCUGCCUCGGAAAUAUUCUCGCGUAUAGCUGUCACCCGACCACAAUGUUCUCUUUGCAAGAAACAUCUAUGCACGGAUGCGACACAUUGCUAACUAUUAAAUUCACAAAAUUAAGGGCGGUGUAAUAGUAUAUUGUAUCUAUUUCGUUAUAAGAAUAAUUGGUUAGCUUUAUCACAAAGAUGUGCGAAAGACCGAAAAAGUAUGACUAUGAAAACUUGGGUUAUUCGCUCCUUGCAUAUUUCCAACGAAAUUGCAGCUAUCUAAUAUCUGAAUAAGUAAUUUAUUUUAUCAAAUAAGUAACUUUAUACCAUGUAACGUAGGGAUAACUUAAUCCCAUAAAACUAAACAGUUGGUUUAAGUGUAAGUUUAAACACUUACGGUACGCGCAAACCAAUGCAGACGUCAGUAAUCAUACAAGAUUUCUAAUAUUGUUAAAAAGUAAAGGUCACCAGAAAAAGCGCUGAAACGCACUGAAUAGAACUGCACUGCAGAGGAUUUUGGCGGCACUUAGCGGCAAUAUGCAAGGAAUUAUGAUUUCGUCGCAGCGUACAGUGUUAAUCUACUUCGGUAACGAAAUGUUCCAAUUACGAACUUGACAGCAGUAUGAAAAUUUAUCUCAUAUAAAGAAUCUAAGCUGUGCAGUAGUUCCAGUUCCGUUCGGCCUUAAAGGAAAAAAUAUAACAACAUAUAGUCAGCCGUAAUAAUCAACUUUAAAGUUCGACAAAGGUGAAAUUAAAGUUGCUUUACGAGCAAAUGUAUUGAAAACAGAAUCGCUGCCGCACCAAGCGAACUGUUAUCAUUUGUUUGGUUUCGCGCCGAUGUUAAUGUUUGCGCUUACAUAAUAUGUUUUAUAAACUAUGAAACCAAUAUUCAGACGGAAUGCAAAAAUGUUAACUAGUUAAGUGUUUUGAAACUGUAAUCUUGUUAGGCUAAAUGGUUUUAUUCUAACUAGCAGUAGUGUAUUUAGGCUUCGUUUUAAAUAUAAAUUAUUUGUAUAAUUUUAAUCAUUAUUUAUAGUUACAUACAUCCCUAUAUUAUUAUAAAAGUGUUCGUUAAAAACUUUGUACAUACGUGUACUUCUAGUAAGUAAAAUUAAGCAGUGAUUAUAUUACUUUUAAGCAUGUUUACCUUUUUUUUCAAACUUCAAAUAAAUGCAGA